AUGCCCACCCAAGAGCCUGUCGCCGAUGGGCGCAUCUUUGGUGGGGAUGGCCAAGAACAAAGAAGAGGAGCAGAACGACGACGAGAACUAUCUCCACUGCCAUCGGCUGAAGUAGAUCUCAGUCCGUCUGUACAGUCUGUAAUACUUUCAUCCACCAUGAUCGACGACGUUCGCAACAUGCACCCUCCAACGGAUGGUAGAUCGACUUAUGGCAUCUGCAAUCGCUGUGGCCGUGCUGUGGUGGGCAAUUUCUUCAAUGCGUGGAACAAAGUCACUGGCACAUACUAUACUCCAACCUUUCUCGGGUCGUACAGUAGUUACCUCCAGGCGCAUGGUCGGCAGAGGGAAGCAUCGAUCGGAACAGAUUUAGAAGGAUGGUAA